AUGGCUGUGUUUCCAUCGACUGAUCCCUCUGAAGCUACCGCCAGCGAAGCCUGCCCUAAAAAGUGCAGUAGUGAAUUUACCAGUCAAGAAUCCCAAGAAUUUUCCCUGCAAAUGCCGCAUUCGUACACCCUCGAUGUGCUACGUGGAGUUUGCCAUGUUGAAGAACAGCUAAACUUCAUCCGAUGCGCCUGGUUGCUUGUGGGUUCAAGAUAUAUGGAUACAGAUGAUGCUGUCUUUGCCUACAACGAUGCAUCAUGCGGCGAGCGAGCAGUUGCCAUGAGCAUCCCAAUCGACUACACAAUUACAAAAAGCCAGUUCCUCUCUGAGACGGGAGGUAAAAUUGACCAGGAAAUAGAUAUUCAACGUCGCGAAGAUUCAAAUACUCAAGUUGCGCCGCGGAAUCUUCUGUGCAUAUGCAGAGAAGCGUCCAUCAAUCAAUGGGCCUCGGAAUCUUUUGAUCUUAUAGUCGAUAUAAAGCUUGAGGAAGUAGUCUCGGUAUCAUACACCUUUAAUGAAGAUGUUUUCUCUGCCGUGCAGAUUAGACGAAUCCAUCGCCAGUUAUCUCAUACUCUUCUACAGCUUCAAGUACAAGAUGAUGCUGCUCAGAUUGCACAUUUUCGGAUACUGAAUGACGAUGACAAAUUGGAGAUCAAUUCGUGGAAUCAGGUCCCACCAAGAAGACAAAAUGAUUCUUUCGACGCCGUUUUGAGGCGCCAUGUGCUUGCCCAACCACAGGCACUAGCCAUCAAUGGCUGGGAUGGCAGCUUCACAUACCUCGAACUGGACCAGCUGUCCGACAAAUUCGCCCGCUACCUAAUUCAAUCAGAAGUUCCAGGUGAUCCAAGGAAAUACAUUGCAAUAUGCUUCGAGAAAUCAGCCUUUGCGGUCAUUGCAAUGAUAGCUAUACAAAAGGCAGGGGCUGCUUACGUGGUUCUUGACCCAAGCCACCCAGCCGAUAGGUUGGCAGGUAUUGUGUCUUUGACCCAGGCGACCACAGUCAUUUCAUCUCAAAAGCAAUCCAAGCACAUCGGUCAGUUAGUGUCAACUGUAAUCACGCUUGACCUCCCUUUCCUGGACCAGCUACCGCAGACCAUAACUACUCUUCCGUUGGUCUCCCCAUCGGCCACCGCCUAUAUCCAAUUCACGUCUGGAAGCACAGGAGAACCCAAGGGCGUAAUAAUCGAACACCGUUCAUUGUGCUCGGUUUGCGGGGCCCAUGCUUAUUGGAAGCUUGGUCCUGGCACUCGAUUUCUUCAAUUCGCGUCAUACGUCUUUGCUGCAAGUGUUGUAGAAAUAUUCAGCACUUUGUAUUAUGGCGGAUGUAUAUGCAUACCAUUGGCUGAAAGUCAGAAGGAUCGUCUACCUCAAUGCAUUCAGGACUGGGAUAUCAACACUGCACUUAUGACUCCCACUGGUGCUAGUCUGAUGCAUCCAGACAAAGUUCCAGGAUUGAGGACAUUACUCUUAGGUGGCGAGGCUGUGACGAAGGCGAUUUCCAGUUGCUGGGCAGGUAAAGUCGCACUUUUCGUAGGCUAUGGCUCAUCUGAGGCGACUUUUGGCUGUACUGGCCGCCAGAUCUUCGAGGACGACAAAGUUCCACAGGAUGUUGGCAAAGGCAUAAACGUCCGAUAUUGGAUUGCAGAUCCACAGGAUCAUGACCAGCUCUUGCCGGUGGGAUGUGUAGGCGAACUGCUUGUCGAGGGACCAGGCUUGUCUGCCGGAUAUUUGAAUGAUCCAGAAAGAACCGCAAAAUCAUUUAUCGCAAAUCCAAAGUUUCUAUCUGGCGACAUAAAUGAUUCAGGUCAUCCGCGUCGAUUGUUGAAAACUGGUGAUCUGGUACGAUAUUCCGGCGCCGGAAGCAUUAUCUACAUCGGUCGAAAGGACACCCAAGCAAAAUGGAAUGGGAUAAGAAUCGACUUAUCUGAGGUUGCACAUUGUUUUAAGUUGUCACUUAAGGGCUCGCGGGCGGUGGUAGCUGAGAUGAUUUCCCCAGAACAACUACAGGGCAGAACCUUUCUGACCGCUUUUGUCUCCUUGGAGGAAACUGCCAUUGGCGCACAAACUGCUUUUCCAGUCGAAAAGCUUCUGCUACCAACAACUUCGGAGUUUCAAGCAGAAAUGGUAGACGCAAAGAUCCAACUUCAAAAAAAGGUACCUCAUUACAUGGUUCCUCAAUUAUACGUCCAAGUCGGAACAAUGCCAACGAAUAUAAGUGGUAAAACUGACAGGAAGUCACUAAGGAGCCUCGGAUCUACCUUCUCACCGGCACUGAUUGCAAAGUACGGUUUGUCAGUAGCGAAAGAGUCUGGUCCUUUACUAGUUACGGAACAACUUUUACAAGAUGCUUGGGCUGAAGUAUUAAAGAUACCUGCCAAUAUUAUUGGAAAUGGAAACUUUUUCCAGCUGGGCGGGGAUUCUGUUACUGCCAUGCAUUUGGUUGCAAGAAUGCAACGAGUUGGUUUCUCUCUUACCGUAGCUGGGUGUUUUCGGUACCCACAACUGUCAUCAAUGGCCUCAAUCAUGGAGCAGCAACAGAUUAUUGGCUCGCAAGCACCAGAAGACCCCGAGCCCUUCACUCUAUUACCACAAAGCGCAACAUCUGACUUUUCAGGUAUCAAAGCUCACUUUUCGAGGCUUUACAGUAUCGACGAGAAGCAGAUCGAUGAUCUCUAUCCUUGCACUCCUAUGCAGGAGAGUUUGAUGGCACUUACCAUGCAAAAUCCUCAUACCUACGUCUGCCAGAACGUUAUUUCGUUGCCGGCGGAAAUUGAUGCUCAACGUUUUCAGAAAGCAUGGGAGUUGAUUUAUCAGGAAACGCCAAUUCUUCGAGCGAUAUUGGUUGACAACGAACAUGGGACCUUGGUCAUGAUUCUUGCACGAGAACUUGUUUGGAACACUAGUUCCGAUCUCCACGGGUAUCUGAUAGCGGAUAAAAAUGCCUAUAUGCUAUAUGGAGAUAAUCUAAGUCGAUUUGCAUUCAUCGAGUCAAACAACGGCGAACAUUAUUUAGUUUGGACCUGGCAUCAUGCCAUAUUGGACGGUUGGGCUUUAUAUCAAGUGCUAUCACGGGUCAUGGACGCAUAUAAUGGCAACCCACUUCGACAAUCGCCCUCUUUCACUCGCUUUUCACGUUAUUUGUUACAGUGCGAUAAAGAUAUCGCCCGCAAUUUCUGGCAUUCGGAGCUUGCAGAAGCGCGUUUCAAUCAAUUUCCACAGCCUCUUCAAUCAUCUGAGAGAUCCCAAGCGCGUACGGAUUCGAUCAUAGAACAUCUGUCUCGCAACGACUUUCAAGCCCAAGGCGACUUCACAAUGUCUACUGUUCUACAAGCAGCAUGGGCUAUGGUGGUAUCAGCGUACUCGGGCACGAAUGACGUAAUAUUUGGGGCCGUGAGUGCUGGCCGCCAUGCUCCUAUUCUCGGAAUACUAGACAUCAUUGGACCAACUAUUGCCACUAUACCACUCCACGUUCGUCUUGAAAACAAUCUCACGGUUUCAAUGUUCCUCAGCCAACUACAAAUUCAACAUGCUUCUUUAAUGGCGCAGGAGCAUUUUGGGCUCCAGAACAUUGCAAAAUUGGGAGAAAAUUACGCUCAACUAUGCCAAUUUCAAAAUCUUCUCGUGAUACAACCUACGGCCACCGACGUUGCAACUCUACAAGGGAUAACCCUUUUACCCGAUUUACAACAUAUGUCCUAUAAUUACCCUUUGAUAAUGGAAUGCCAGCUCAGGGCCGGGAGUGUGAAGUUUAGGGCCCAGUUUGAUAGUUCUGCUCUGUCAAAUGAUUAUAUCCAGGGUAUGGUCCAUCACAUGUCCUAUAUAACCCAACAGCUCGUUUCGGAUCAAUCACGCAGAGUAAAAGAUAUUGAGAUGUUCUCGCCUCGUGACGAAACCCAGAUCUCUACUUGGAUGCAAACAGAACCGGUGCCCCAGCAGGUUAACGAAUGUGUUCAUGCUGUUAUCGGAGAGCGUUCCCUUGAAAGUCCAGACUCGGAGGCUAUAUGCGCCUGGGAUGGGACCUUCACAUAUAGUGAAGUUGAGAAAUGGUCCGACCUAUUUGCGAAGCGUUUAUUAGCCCUCGGACUCAAAUCUGGGACUUAUGUGCCGAUAUGUUUUGAAAAGUCUAGAUGGGCAGUUGUUGCUAUGUUGGCCCUUAUAAAAUGUGGAGCUGCAUACGUUGUCUUGGAUCCAAGCUACCCCAUCCUGCGGCUACAAAGUAUUGUAAAGGAUGUUGAGGCUACAAUCAUCAUCACAAGCGGACAACAUCGGAGCCACGUGGAAGAUCUAGCAGCCACCGUGAUUACCUUUGAGAAUGAUGAACUACCUCAAAACCGGAUAAGUGAUGAGAUAUCCUUUCCGGAAGUGUCUCCUUCAUCCCCCGUCCUGAUACAGUUUACUUCGGGCUCUACUGGAAUUCCCAAAGGGAUUGUUAUCCAGCAUGCCGCCCUCUGCUCAAGCUCAUCUGCUCAUGCAUCGUUUUACGGUGUUGGGCGAAAUACUCGUAUGUUCAACUUUGCGGCUUUCGCUUUUGAUGUUAGCGUUGCAGAUAUAUGGACAACUUUGAUGCACGGAGGUUGCGUAUGCAUUCCAAGAGAUGAAGACAGAUACAACAAUGCUAGCAAGGCAAUUAGGGAGUUGGAUGCUAAUAUGAGUUUUCUGACACCCAGUGUGGCUACUCUCCUGGAUCCUAAAGAAACUCCGUUAAAAAAAUUGAUACUUGGUGGGGAGAGAGUAACAUAUGGACUAGUUGAGAAAUGGGCAGACUCGGUUGACCUCAUCGCUUGUUAUGGACCGGCCGAAACUUGCAUAUACUCAAGUGCAACUCUCCCGCUAUCGAAAGAAAGUAACCCUGCAAGUAUCGGAAAACCUUUUGGUUGCCGGUACUGGAUUGUGGAUGUUAUCGACAUUGAUCGGUUAGCUCCUGUUGGUUGUGUUGGUGAACUCUGUAUUGAAGGCCCAAUUCUUGCCAAAGAGUAUCUGAACGAUCCUAUUAAGACGGUGGCUUCCUUUAUUAAAAACCCGCCAUGGGCAAAAGGAGGAACAGAGAGUAGCCCACGCAGAUUUUACCGGACCGGGGACCUCGUCCGUUAUGAUUCAGAUGGGUCGGUCAUAUUUGUUGCUAGAAAAGACACCCAAGUUAAAGUUAGUGGGCAGCGAGUGGAGCUUGCGGAAGUCGAACACAGUCUUUUCACGUUCAAGGAUGUCAAGAGCGCAGCAGUGCUACUCCCCGAGACAGGUUUGUUCAAAUCCAAGCUUAUAGCCAUGGCGGUUUUGAACGGGCCUACGCCGGAAGAGAUCACCACAUCUUUACAACUCUCAUCAAUCUUACACAACAACGAGCUGCCAAAUACGAUCUCACGUCUCCGCAAGCAUUUAUCAUCAACCCUAACGCCUUACAUGGUUCCUUCUUUCUUUGUAGUUGUGAAGGCAAUGCCACAUAACUCCUCGGGGAAGAUUGACAAGAACAAGCUCCGAAUCUGGUUAGAAAAUGCAGAUGACGAGACCCGGCAAAUCAUAAUAUCACAGGCGGCCACGAAAACCACCAACACUCCCUUAACGGUCACUGAGCGGAAGUUGCAGCAACUUUGUGCAGAGGUGUUAAGGAUGGGAGUAGAGCAGAUUUCCAUGAACCAAGAUUUCAUUAGUAUUGGUGGAGAUUCCAUUUCCGCAAUACGAUUGGUGAUGCUUGCCCGAACUGCAGGAAUUGAAUUGAAGGUUAAAGAUAUUAUAACGAGCCCAAGCAUUCUCGAUUUAUGUGCCUAUGCAACCAACGUUGAUGUGGCACAAGAGGAAAAUAUUGUGCAAGACGGGGCAUCCCAUGGUGGCAAUGCAUUUGUCACCAGUAUAGGCCAGGAGUUGCUCCACGGAUCGUGUCGAAAUUCGUCUGACCUUGCGAAUUCAGGCUCUUCUUCUCAAUCACUUCUAGUCCACCUCUCCCAAGAGGAAUCAACUACAGAUCUACGCACCGGCCUGGAUAAACUUGUCAAGAGACAUCCAGUGUUACGCUCACGUUUUGAAAUCGGGCGUGAUGGUCAACUAUUACAAACUAUCGAUAAAAGCCACCAGAACGCAUAUCGCUUUAGUGAACAGCACCUUGAGGAUCGCUUAGCAGUGGAACAUUGGCUACAAGAAUACACCGCAAAACUGGACAUUAUAAAAGGACCAGUCUUUAUUGUCAAUGUGCUCAGAACUAAUUCCGGAGACAAAUAUCUUCACUUCACCGCGCAUGAUCUGGUAGUAGACCAGGGGUCUUGGGAUAUUCUUGUUGAUGACUUAGGUGUCUUUCUACGCGAGAGAAAGAUGGAGAAACACUUGAUUCCUCAAUAUCAGAGUUGGGCUGAAUUUACGGCCAGGCUAGGGCCGAGGGUUCUUUCCACUGCCUAUUCGAACUACAAAAGGUAUCUAUUCAACUACUGGGAAGUUCCGGAACUAUACAGUUCCGUAUCAGAGUGGUCUAUGCAUUCUUUUAUUCUGGACCCUCAAGUGUCAGCCGCACUCGCUGGUGAUUGUAACAGAUUGUUUAGCACAGAACCUGACGAUCUAUUGAUUGGUGGGUUGCUGCACAGCUUCGCUUCAAGGCGUGGGAGCAGCAAUUCCCCAGCCUUGCUGAGCGGGUUUGAUGGAAGGAGAAUAUCAGCGCUUGGGUUAGACAUGUCUAAAACAAUUGGUCGCUUUACGAUCCCAAUGGUAUUUAGUCCCACGAUCGAGUCCGGUUCUUCGUACUUGGAAACCGUGCGAAGGAUCAAAGAUACCCGCUGUCAGUGUCUUCAGCUCAGCCGUCGGUCAACAAUCUUCUCAGCUACAUCCUCUGGGAAAUGCGACCUAAGCUUUCACUCAGAGAUUUUAUCUCGCACCCGAGCUCAUCCUGGCCGACAACACCGCAACAGCCAAUGGGAGAGUAGUUAUACCCCUUUCAACGCCAGUGUUUCCUGGAAAGAUCAAAACCUUGAGUUUAACUUUAAGAUAGACUCUGGGAUGGAUGGUUUCGAAAAUGUCAGUGAGUGCGUCACCAAAUACAAGGAACUAUUGACGUCCAUGUCACUCGAAAUGCCCAACCUAUCUCCCAGACCCACAUUAGUCAGUUAUCCGCUAUUGGCUCUAACAUAUACAUAUAACGACCUCGAGAAGCUUUACUCAGACACUUUGCCACAUUUUGGGGUAAGAUCUGUCGAGGACGUUGAAGACAUCUUCCCUUGCUCGCCUGUUCAAGAAGGAAUGUUGAUCACCCGCAGUAUGUCUUCGUCGAGGUUCUACGAAGCAGCAUCAAUUUUGGAAGUCAGGAAAACGUCAAAGACGGGUAUAGUUGAUCUUGACUUGUUGCAAAGUGCAUGGCGUCGCGUUAUGCAACACCAUCCAGUGUUGCGUACCGUUUUCUUUGAGAGUCUUUCCAACACGCACUUCUUCGACCAAGCAGUUCUCAAAUCCGCUGGCGACAAUACAACCAGAAUUGCCUGCUCGGACGAUGAGGUACUGGCAGUGCUACAGAAACCUGGAGUGUACCAUGAAAAUAACACACAAUCAAACCACAAAAUGACCAUAUGUCAAACUCCAAGUGGUCGAACGUUCAUAAAGCUUGAACUUUUGCACACAUGUUACGACGGUCACUCAACGCAAAUUAUCUUGAGAGACCUUAGCGCCGCAUAUGGGAAUACGCUCACGGCUACUUCGGAGUUCCCCUACUCCAGAUAUGUCAGUCAUUUACAGAAUGUUUCCACUACUGAGGAUCUCGAGUUUUGGGCCGGAUAUCUCAAUGGAGUACGACCUUGCCAUCUCAAACUUACGAAGGAGUGCAAUAAACCAUAUAAUACCCUCAGCACUAUACCAGUCAUCCUUCCGGAUGUGAAGCACCUUCUUAAUCGCGCUCGAAAGCAGGGGUUAACGGUGGCUAGUCUAAUUAAGACAGCAUGGAGCCUGGUCCUCCGGAGAUAUACUCAUUCGGACGACGUUUGCUUCGGUUUCGUGGCAUCCGGGAGAGACACUCCUAUUGAUGGCAUUGGCGAAGGUGUUGGGCCAUAUAUCAAACAAUUAAUCUGCCGAUCCAAGUUUGACGGCUCUGCUAAAAUGUCGCACAUAAUGAGCACAAUGCAAUCGGAAUCUUUCGACUGUAUGGCCCACCAAAACGCCCCUCUUCUAGAGAUUCAACACACUUUAGGGCUUUCUGGUGUAGCUCUGUUUAACACGAACAUGUCCCUUGUUCAUGUUUCCCGUGAUGCUCUCCGCUACGAGAGCUUCACUUAUGACUACAUUUCGCUUGCGGACCCCGCCGAGUACGAUAUCACGGUACGAAUUGAGGUGUAUGAAGAUGAUCUUGAUGUCUUACUGAGCUAUUGGAAUGGGGCUAUGACUGAGCAAAUGGCAUCAGAAGUAUCUCACUCCUUCGGGGAAACACUUAGCUACUUGGUCGAUAGUGCGACGAGCACUGUGCAAGACGUGUCCCAGUACCUGGAUGCAAAAUGCAACCGGGUGUUCCUAUCCAGCACAGUUGUCCUGGAUGAAUUCAAUGACAUCCAGGCGAUAAACCCCAAGCCGCUCUCAAUGGAUACGAACAGUACUAUGUCAGCACUACCGACGCUACGAUCUCUAGUCGCUAGUGUUCUUCGACUAGAAGAAUCCUCUCUCAACAAUGAUAUCAACUUCUUUACCUUGGGCGGCGACUCGUUAACUGCUAUGCAUCUAAUCAUCAAAGCUCGAGAGCAAAGCAUUCAUAUCACCAUGGCAGAUAUCCUUCAUGCAUCGAGCUUGAAAGAACUAUUAGGAUUUACGAAUAAUAGGCUGGAUCAACGACGACUUAACCCAUGGUGGCAUCGCAAGCCUUGA